CGCAGAAGGACACAGAAGCCUUCAGGCUCACAACAAAAUGGCCACGUCCGACUCAAAGGCACCGAUAAGGACCGUUAAAAGGGUCCAAUUCGGAAUCAUAUCGCCCGAUGAAAUACGACGUAUGUCAGUGACAGAGGGAGGCAUCAGAUUCCCAGAGACAAUGGAGGGAGGUCGUCCAAAGCUGGGAGGUCUGAUGGAUCCUCGUCAAGGUGUAAUAGACAGAAACUCGCGGUGUCAAACGUGCGCUGGUAACAUGACAGAGUGUCCAGGUCAUUUCGGUCACAUCGACCUGGCAAAGCCAGUAUUCCACGUUGGAUUCAUCACAAAAACCAUAAAGAUCCUUCGCUGCGUGUGUUUCUACUGCUCAAAGCUCCUGGUGAGCCCCCACAAUCCAAAGAUCAAGGAGAUCGUGAUGAAGAGUAAAGGACAGCCCCGCAAACGCCUGACAUUUGUCUACGAGUUGUGCAAAAGCAAGAACAUCUGCGAGGGUGGCGACGAGAUGGACAUCAACAAGGAAGGAACCGAAUCAACAGCACCAGAUCGUAAACCAGGUCAUGGUGGAUGUGGUAGGUAUCAGCCAAAUCUCCGUAGAUCAGGUCUUGACGUGAGUGCAGAGUGGAAACACGUGAACGAGGACUCGCAAGAGAAAAAAAUACCCCUGACAGCUGAACGCGCCUGGGAAAUUCUCAAACACAUAUCAGACGAGGAGUCAUUCAUCCUGGGAAUGGAUCCGAAAUUCGCCAGACCAGACUGGAUGGUCGUGACGGUUCUGCCAGUUCCCCCACUCUCGGUCAGACCAGCUGUCAUCAUGUACGGAUCAGCGAAGAAUCAGGACGAUCUGACCCACAAGCUAGCAGACAUCAUAAAAUCAAACAAUGAACUCGUGAGAAAUGAACAGGCUGGUGCUGCUGCUCACAUUAUCUCUGAAAAUAUAAAAAUGCUCCAGUUCCACGUUGCCACACUGGUUGAUAAUGACAUGCCUGGGAUGCCCAGGGCAAUGCAAAAAUCAGGAAAACCUCUGAAAGCUAUAAAAGCUAGACUGAAGGGAAAGGAGGGAAGAAUCCGAGGAAAUUUAAUGGGAAAACGUGUGGACUUUUCAGCACGAACAGUCAUCACACCAGAUCCCAAUCUCAGGGUUGAUCAGGUUGGAGUUCCCAGAAGUAUAGCUCAAAAUUUAACAUUCCCAGAGAUAGUGACACCUUUCAAUAUUGAUAAGAUGCAGGAGCUCGUGAGGAGAGGAAACUCACAGUAUCCAGGGGCUAAGUACAUCGUCAGGGACAAUGGUGAACGAAUAGACUUGAGAUUCCAUCCAAAACCAUCGGAUCUUCACCUGCAAUGUGGCUAUAGGGUUGAGAGACACAUUCGUGAUGGUGAUUUAGUGAUAUUCAAUCGUCAACCGACACUCCACAAGAUGAGUAUGAUGGGUCACAGGGUUAAAGUACUCCCCUGGAGCACCUUCAGGAUGAAUUUAAGCUGUACAUCACCUUACAAUGCUGAUUUUGAUGGUGACGAGAUGAAUCUUCAUGUCCCUCAGUCCAUGGAGACACGAGCUGAGGUUGAAAAUAUUCACGUGACACCCAGACAGAUUAUAACACCUCAAGCCAAUAAACCAGUAAUGGGUAUUGUCCAGGAUACCCUGACAGCUGUAAGAAAGAUGACAAAACGUGAUGUCUUCAUUGAGAAGGAACAGAUGAUGAAUAUUCUUAUGUUUUUACCAAGUUGGGAUGGCAAAAUGCCACAGCCUUGCAUUCUCAAACCCAAACCUCUGUGGACAGGCAAGCAGAUAUUCUCACUUAUUAUUCCAGGGAAUGUAAACAUGAUUAGGACACACUCGACACAUCCCGACGAGGAGGACGAUGGGCCCUACAAGUGGAUCUCACCAGGUGAUACCAAAGUUAUGGUCGAGCAUGGUGAACUGAUAAUGGGAAUUCUGUGCAAAAAAACUCUAGGAACAUCUGCAGGUUCUCUUCUUCACAUCUGUAUGUUGGAAUUGGGUCAUGAAGUUUGUGGAAAAUUCUAUGGAAAUAUUCAGACUGUUAUAAACAAUUGGCUGUUGCUGGAGGGCCACUCGAUUGGUAUUGGUGACACUAUUGCUGAUCCCCAGACCUAUCUGGAGAUUCAGAAAGCCAUCAAGAAGGCCAAGGAGGAUGUCAUAGAGGUAAUCCAAAAGGCUCACAACAUGGAGCUAGAGCCAACACCUGGUAACACCCUUCGGCAGACAUUUGAGAAUCAAGUGAAUAGAAUUUUGAAUGACGCUCGUGACAAAACUGGAGGUUCAGCUAAAAAAUCACUCACUGAGUACAACAAUUUGAAGGCUAUGGUGGUGUCAGGCUCCAAGGGCUCCAACAUCAAUAUCUCUCAGGUUAUUGCUUGUGUGGGACAGCAGAAUGUCGAGGGUAAAAGAAUUCCAUUUGGUUUCAGAAAACGAACACUUCCACACUUUAUCAAGGACGACUAUGGUCCAGAGUCCAGAGGAUUCGUUGAGAAUUCUUAUCUCGCUGGUUUGACACCAUCGGAAUUUUAUUUUCACGCAAUGGGAGGACGUGAGGGUCUCAUUGAUACUGCUGUCAAGACAGCUGAGACAGGAUACAUUCAGAGACGUUUGAUCAAAGCUAUGGAGUCUGUCAUGGUGCACUACGAUGGAACAGUCAGAAAUUCUGUGGGACAGCUCAUUCAGUUGCGUUAUGGUGAGGAUGGACUCUGCGGAGAAACCGUUGAAUUCCAGAAUUUACCGACAAUUAAACUGAGUAAUAAAGCAUUCGAGAAGAAAUUUAAAUUUGAUCCGACCAACGAGAGAUAUCUCAGGAGAAUUUUCAAUGAAGAGAUAGUGAGGGAGAUGAUGGGCUCGGGAGAGGUGAUAUCAGAGUUGGAACGUGAGUGGGAUCAGUUGAACAGGGAUCGUCAGGUCCUCAGGGAGAUAUUUCCCAGUGGUGAAUCCAAGGUGGUGCUUCCCUGCAAUUUGACGAGAAUGAUCUGGAAUGUUCAGAAGAUAUUUCACAUCAACAAACGUGCACCCACUGAUCUCAGUCCCAUGAGGGUCAUCCAGGGUGUCAAAGAUCUCCUUGAAAAAUGUAUAAUUGUAGCUGGUGAGGAUAGACUGAGCAAACAGGCCAACGAGAAUGCAACACUCCUGUUCAGAUGUCUCGUGAGAUCGACACUUUGCACAAAAUGUGUAUCAGAGGAGUUCAGAUUAUCGAGUGAGGCAUUCGAAUGGCUGAUUGGUGAGAUUGAGACGAGAUUCCAACAGGCACAGGUUGCACCUGGAGAGAUGGUCGGUGCACUGGCUGCUCAGAGUCUUGGAGAACCUGCCACACAGAUGACACUCAAUACUUUUCAUUUUGCUGGUGUAUCAUCCAAGAACGUAACACUUGGUGUACCGAGGCUCAAGGAAAUUAUUAAUAUCAGUAAAAAACCAAAGGCACCGUCUCUCACGGUUUUCUUGACUGGUGCAGCUGCUAGGGAUGCUGAGAAAGCUAAAAAUGUUCUCUGCAGACUUGAACACACAACUCUGAGGAAGGUAACAGCCAAUACAGCUAUUUAUUACGAUCCAGAUCCCCAGAAUACUGUUAUCGCUGAGGAUCAGGAGUUCGUCAAUGUCUACUACGAAAUGCCUGACUUUGAUCCAACGAAAAUAUCACCCUGGCUACUUCGCAUUGAGCUGGAUCGUAAACGCAUGACAGAUAAAAAAUUGACUAUGGAACAGAUUGCUGAGAAGAUUAAUGCUGGUUUUGGUGAUGAUCUCAACUGUAUUUUCAAUGAUGACAAUGCAGAGAAGCUAGUCCUUCGUAUUCGUAUAAUGAACAGUGAUGAUAAUAAAUUCCAGGACACGGAGGAGGAGACUGUUGAUAAAAUGGAGGAUGAUAUGUUCCUGAGGUGCAUUGAAGCUAAUAUGCUGAGUGAUAUGACGCUUCAGGGAAUCGAGGCGAUAGGUAAAGUGUACAUGCACUUGCCACAGACUGAUGCUAAGAAGAGAAUUAUAAUAACAGAUACUGGUGAAUUCAAGGCUAUUGCUGAGUGGUUACUUGAGACUGAUGGUACAAGUCUCAUGAAGGUUUUAUCUGAACGAGAUGUUGAUCCUGUGAGAACAUUCAGUAAUGACAUUUGCGAGAUAUUCCAGGUUCUGGGGAUUGAGGCUGUCCGAAAAUCAGUGGAGAAAGAGAUGAAUGCUGUACUGCAGUUCUAUGGACUGUACGUUAAUUAUCGACAUCUUGCUCUCUUGUGUGACGUUAUGACGGCUAAAGGACACUUGAUGGCUAUCACCCGUCAUGGUAUCAACAGGCAGGACACUGGUGCACUUAUGAGAUGCUCAUUCGAGGAGACUGUUGACGUUCUCUUGGACGCAGCAUCUCAUGCUGAAGUGGAUCCAAUGAGGGGUGUCUCUGAGAACAUAAUCAUGGGACAAUUGCCGAGAAUUGGAACUGGAUGCUUCGAUUUGCUGUUGGAUGCUGAAAAAUGUAAACAGGGAAUUGAAAUACCAAUGGCUGUUGGAGCUGGUGUGAUGGGUGGUGCUGGUAUGUUCUUUGGAAGUGCUGCAACACCAAGUAUGAGUCCCCAGAUGACACCGUGGAAUCAAGCUGGUGCUACACCAGGAUAUGGGGCAUCAGCAAUGUCACCAACGUUGGGCAGUGGAAUGACACCUGGUGGCGCAUGUUUCUCACCAUCUGGUGCUUCAGAUGCAUCUGGAUUGUCGCCAGCUUAUUCAGCUUAUUCACCGCAACCUGGAAGCCCUGGAAGUCCGGGACCAAGCAUGAGUCCUUAUCCAAUGUCACCAGCUGGUGGUGCAUCUCCGAGUUAUUCACCCACAUCACCAGCUUAUCUUCCUACAUCACCAAGUAUGACACCAUCGAGCCCAAAUUAUUCACCAACAAGUCCCACAUACUCACCAACAAGUCCCAAUUAUUCACCAACCAGUCCAAGUUAUUCACCAACGAGUCCAGGAUAUUCACCAGCAAGUCCCAGUUAUUCACCAACGAGUCCCAGCUACUCACCAACGUCUCCAAGCUAUUCGCCAACAUCUCCCAGUUACUCACCAACAUCUCCGAGUUAUUCUCCAACGAGUCCAAGCUACUCACCAACCAGUCACAGUUAUUCACCUACAUCUCCCAGUUACUCACCCACGUCACCGAGUUAUUCACCAACGAGUCCUGGAUAUUCACCAACAUCUCCGAGUUAUUCACCAACGAGUCCUGGAUAUUCACCUACAUCACCCAGUUAUUCACCAACAUCUCCGAGCUACUCCCCCAGUUCACCAAAUUAUACACCAGCAUCUCCAUCUUAUUCUCCAACCUCUCCAUCGUAUUCACCAUCAUCACCUCAAUAUUCACCAGCAAGUCCCAGUUAUUCCCCGAGCAGUCCGAAAUAUUCACCAACAAGUCCGAGCUAUUCACCAACAUCUCCAUCAUUCGCUGGUACAUCACCCCAGUAUACACCAGCGAGUCCCACAUACUCACCAACAUCUCCGACUUAUUCACCAACGAGUCCAAGCUACUCUCCUAGCUCACCUCAACACACAGCUGGUGGUAGCACGAGGUAUUCACCAAGCAGUCCAAAUUACUCACCAACCAGUCCAACAUAUUCACCAUCGAGUCCUCAAUAUUCACCAUCGAGCACCAAAUAUUCACCCACAAGUCCAACGUACACUCCAACGAGUCCCAGCUAUUCACCAACAAGUCCAACUUAUUCACCACCUGUGCCAGGGUACUCUCCAACGAGUCCAACAUAUUCACCAGCAUCACCAGCUUAUGAGCCUGAUGAUUAAACUCCAACAUCUAUUUUCAAUCUUACGAGAAAACGUGACAGCAGUUAUUCUGAUUAGUAUAAUUUUUUUUUUUUCAAUUUUAUCUCGUCUUCUCUUCAUUGUGAAUCUACUUUAAUCCACUUUGAUGUAAGAUAUUUCAAUCUAUUCCUUUUUCUAUUUUACUAUCCACCAAUUUCAUCUCGCGUGGCGCUCAGCAAAUGUUUUAGUUGAUUCCCAUCGAAUUCACGGAGUUAUAAUUUUGUUUUUUCGAUACACUGAAAUAAAUUAUGUACUCGUACAUUAGUCGGGGGUUUUUCUUUAAUUUUUUUCUUCAUCAAGUCAACAUUGUGAGUGGAGUGUCAUCAAUGAAUAAUAUGUUUAAACAUUUGACAUUAUAUCGAACAAUGUAUUGGCAUAUAUUUUUUGUAUAUAAUAAAAAGAAAGAACAUUGA